GUGAGUGUGACUGAAUGCUGCUUUUAAAAGCAGAAUAUGUACCGGUUGCGGGAUCGAGUUAAGCGCUGCGUUUUCAGACGCGUCAAGUGUUGCGAUAGGCGUCACAGCAGCGCUGUGCCACAUGCACUGGACGACAGAUUUAAACUCAUUCUUCAAGACUUCUGUUUAUCGAUUGUUUAACUCUCGGUUCAAGACGGCUAUAAGAAGUGCUGCUUGGGGGCCGAAGGGAUAUUCAACAUGUUAGGGAGUAAAAAGAAACCAGAGAUCGUUCGGACUAAACCCAAAGCGUACGAGUCGAAGACCCAUGAUCCGCUUUGGAGGCUUGGUGUGUUGGACGAUGAAGAUGUACGUUUGAUGUUGCAGGGCUCAAAGAUGGUGAAGGUCCGAUCUCAGCGUUGGAGGAAGAACAGGAGCCUGAAACUACUUGAAGAUUGCGUGACUGUGUUGUGUGAGUCAAGCAAGACUUCCCGCAAGGGCCAAAGACAGAAGACCUUCUCUGUGACAGAGGUGGAGUGUGUGCGUGAGGGAUGUCAGUCAGAGUGUCUGCGACGAAUGGCAGGUUUGGUUCCAGAGACACACUGCUUCACUGUGGUAUUCCGCGGGGCUAGGAAGAGCCUGGAUCUGUGCUGUCCCACACAGGAGGAAGCAGAGCACUGGGUCAGAGGCAUCCGUACGCUCAAAGACCGCAUCUCCAACAUGAGCCAGAAAGAAAAGCUUGACCAUUGGAUUCGAGGCUAUCUGAGAUGUGCAGAUCAAAACCAAGAUGGAAAGAUGAGCUAUGAUGAGGUGAAACACCUGCUACAGCUGAUCAACAUUGACCUGAAUGAACAGUAUGCACGUACCCUCUUUAAGAAGUGUGAUCGGUCAUGUGAUGGGCGACUGGAUCACGUGGAGAUUGAGGAGUUUUGCCGUGAGCUCAUGCGCAGGCCGGAGCUGGAUGCAGUGUUCAGGCAUUACUCCAGUAACGGCUGUGUGCUCACCACCAUUGAGCUGCAGGAUUUUCUUGGUGACCAGGGGGAGAAUGCAUCGCUGGCUCAAGUGCAGACUCUUAUCCACACCUAUGAGCUCAAUGACUGGGCCCAGAAGAAUUUAUUCAUGACCCAGAACGGUUUUACUAUGUACAUGCUUUCCAAAGAGAAUGACAUAUUCAACCCUGAUCAUGCACACGUGUAUCAGGACAUGAGCAGACCACUGGCUCAUUACUACAUCUCUUCCUCUCAUAAUACCUACCUCACUAAAGAUCAGGUUACCAGUGCCAGCAGCACAGAGCCUUAUAUCAGAGCUCUGAAUCAGGGCUGUCGCUGUGUUGAGCUGGACUGCUGGGAUGGUGAUAAAGGAGAACCCAUGAUCUACCAUGGACACACUCUCACCUCUAAAGUGCUCUUUAAAGAAGUCAUUGAGACCAUUGCCCAGUAUGCCUUCAAGGCAUCCCCAUGUCCUCUGAUCUUGUCUCUGGAGAAUCAUUGCUCAGUGGAGCAACAGGCCGUGAUGGCCCAGCACCUUUGCUCCAUUCUGUGCAGAAAGCUCCUGAGACGGCCGCUCAAUGAUCUACCACUCGAACAACUGCCCUCACCUGAGGAGUUGAUGGGGCGGAUCCUGCUGAAAGGGAAGAAGAUGAAUGGUCAGCUGGGGAAGACUGACAGCUUCACUAGUUUCACAGUAAGCUCAGAUUCAGAAGAGUCAGCGGCUGGAGGGGGUGGUAACAAGGGCUCGACCAAAAAGGAUCCUGGAAAGCUUGCGAGUUCUAAACUUAGUCCAGAGCUUUCAGAUCUGGUGGUGUACUGUGAGAGCGUGCCAUUUAGUAGUUUUGACACAGCCAGUCAGAGACCACCCAGUGCAAUGUCCUCUUUUUCUGAGAAUGAUGCACUCAAACUCAUCAAAGACUCAGGAAAGCUAUUUGUUCAACACAACAGUAGGCAGCUGAGCAGGAUUUAUCCAUCAGGCCAGAGGCUACAGUCCUCCAACUACGACCCACAUGACAUGUGGAACGCCGGUUGCCAGAUGGUGGCUAUGAACUUCCAGACACCAGGACAGCAGAUGGAUCUGAACCAGGGACGUUUUCUGACCAAUGGGCGCUGUGGAUAUGUGCUCAAACCUGACUUCCUGUGUCAGCCUAAGUCUAACUUUGACCCUGAGAACACAGGUGGAGGGCCAGGACAUACACCUACACAACUUACAGUGCGGGUGAUCUCAGCCCAGCAACUUCCCAAGAUAAACACUGACAAGCCCAACUCCAUUGUGGACCCGCAGGUCUGGGUGGAGAUCCAUGGAGUUUCCAUUGAUAAGGCUCGUGCCAAAACCCAGCGCAUUGACAACAAUGGUUUUAACCCACGCUGGGAUUGCACUCUUAGCUUUCAGUUACAGGUGCCUGAACUGGCCUUGGUGCGUUUUAUGGUGGAAGAUCACGAUCACACUAGCAAGAAUGAUUUUAUAGGCCAGUUUACACUGCCCUUCACCAGCCUACGAACAGGUUAUCGUCAUGUUCACCUGCUUAAAGCAGAUGGAUCAAGUCUGUCUCCUGCGACUCUCUUCAUCCAUGUCAAGAUGAUACAACGAGGACUUCAUAUUAAAACAGUUUCUGAGUGUAUGGGCAAGACCUGAUUCAACAUGAUUCUUGGGAUGCUAAUUUCUGAAACUACCCUCCCAAAGGAAAAACCUCAGUAUUGUUUUUAAUGUCUUUUUCCAUAGAGACAUAGAUUUCAAUGCCUCUGUGAGCCUUGAUAUCAGAAAUUUUAACACGUUUUAUGAUAAUUUUAUGUUUUAAUUAACUAAACAAAAACUUUAUUCUGGAUAUGCUGGACACGAUUUCAAAUGUACAAUUUCCGUGUUAUAAAAAUUAACUGUCUAUGACUAGAGUAUGUUUGUCUUAGAAUUUGAAUUUUGUAAUAUUGUAGGUGGAUUUAACGCGAUCAACUGUGAUAACAGGGUAAAAAUAUGAUGUGGAGAAAGAAUAUAUCGAAAGCAUGACAAGUACUGUAUGUGGAAGGUAUCAUGAGGGUAAUGACUACGUUUUUGUAUUCAACGAUGUUUGUAAUUGAUGUAGACACAUAAGCAUUUCAAUAGAUUAUUGCACAGAUAGAAGUGGAGGUGUUGCUAACCCUGGGUGUUCUCAGGGUCAAAGUUAGACUUAUAGAGACUUAAAGAGUAAUAUAUCUCAAUAUUUUAUCUUUUUGUAAUUUAUCUUUUUUUGCAUUAAUGAUUUAACACAAUAUCUGUGAUAGAGCAGAUUUUAUCAUUAAAGCUAAAAGCACGCAUUGCACAUGUGCAGUGUCCUAAGCUGUCCAAAUGUGGCAAAUUAUACAACUUUUAGACAGCUUGUGCUGCUGUGUAGUCAACUGCAGCCCUUUUCCACUAGAUACACCUGUAACAUUUUAACAUGUAGAAAAUCACCUUGAUUUCAGUUAAAGUGACACUUGUAAAGGUUUUGUAUUUUGUUUUUGCUGCCUGUUGUAGUCUAUGGCAAUUAAUGUGUAACAUGUUAUCAACUGCUUCUUUGCAGAUUUUCUAUUCUCUUUGUAGAAAGAAGAAAGUUCUCUUACAUCUUCUAUGUUAAUGUCUUACUCGUUAUUCAGGACGGUGUUAUUCAUGUGUGUGAUUGAUUUUAAGGAUUGUAAAUGGAAACAAUACAUGUUUUUCUUUUUCAAGAGUGUGUUUUGAAAUAAUUAAUUAUUAAUCAUAUUAAUUGAACUACAUGUAGUAUUAACAUUUAUUUGAUCAAAACCAGACAUUCAUUGCAAUUCUGCAUCCUCAGAACUGCCCAACUACAUUUCCUCACAGAUCAUGCCAAAUAAUUUUAAUUUUUAUUUAAUUUUUUUUACAAUAAUUUAUGCCUACAUUUUACAAAUUUGUCUAAAAUUAUACCUAAUGUCACGCCACCCUGAGGGAGGGAAUGAGACAUUGUGUCGAAUGAAGUGACACAAGGGGUCUUCCUUGGGAGCCUCGCGUACCUCUGAACUUGAGAAAUGGCAAAUGAGAAAUUGGCAGACAGAAUUUGCAUGUCCCGUACGUGGACAUACGGGUAUAAAGGGAAGCGGGCGUGUGUUUGUCAGUAAGGUUUUUGAACUGAGGAGCCAAGAAUAAGUUACGGCCAUUUACAGUGGUAGAUCCAGUGUCGUGGCAGAAGGGACACAAAGUCUCGUUCUGUCCCUCAGGGAACAGAGGUUACAACCUUAACCGUGAUGUUCCCCUUCUGUCACUCACUUGACGUUGUGUCGAAUGAAGUGACACAAGGGGUCCCAUUCAACAGCGACAUGCACUAGAACGUGUUACGUGAACUGCUGACACAGGUGCAAGCAGGUUGCUGCAUGCUAGAAGCAACUGUAUCGGCUGCACGUAACCCUCCCCAAUGUCUCUCGCAUAGAUUGUAAAUCUUAAUGCUAUGAAAUGCGUCGGGGAAGGCGGUAUUUCCCGAUCCUAUUCUUUCAGAGGGAAAGACCCUGCGGAGGUCACAUCCUGCCCAAACUAGGGGGAGGUGACAUGUGGCUAAUACGCCACGUGGGUUGUCAAGCCACACAUGGGAGCGGUGUGGUGGUAGGUACUACCUGAUGAGGGAGGAGCUCUACAAACAUGGCGACCGGGGGCAGUGGGACUGCCCAAGGGAGACGCGGGCCCGCUGACAGGGGGACCAUACCGCGGAAAAUACAUCACAGGGAGUUGCCUGAAGAGGGAAUUAAGCCUGUGGAGCCCUACCCCAGUACAGAACACUUGUGGCUCGUAGUGGGUCUGGUCGCAAAUUCCUCCGCUGAAUUUGGCUGGAUGACCCAGGAAGUGGGGAAAUCGCUCUUUUAUUAACAAUGUGGGAAAACAAGGAUUUUCCUGCCAGCUCUCCACCAUGGAAUGGAGUGGUCUUGGUACCAGCUCCGGAGAGAACGUCUGACUCCCUGGGUCUUCCAUCCCAGGAGUACUUAGGAGCCUUCCGGGUCCUAGAGGAAGUCCUGGAGAUGGGGGGCAUGCACCACCUGCGAGGUGCUCGAUGCUGGGGCUGAGAGCUGGGCCCGGGUUGAGGCAGAGCUGCCUGUUGCUUGGAUGCAGGGGGACGCCCUCGGGCAUUAUGUGCGAGAUUGCUUCCAUUUGCCUCCUUACCACUGAAGACUACUUGGUGAAGUCGUCGAUGGUGUUGCCGAAGAGGCCAAGCUGGGAGAGGGGGGCGUUGAGAAAGCGUGCCUUGUCAACGUUGCGCAUCUCGACCACGUUCAGCCAUAGGUGAAAAGCGAGGUCGGUGGCAGUUCCUGUGGCACGUCAGGAUCAGGACUGCCCAAGUGCAGAUAUUUAAGUGCCUUGGCUUGGUGGACUUGCAGGAGAGCCAUGGCAUGCAGGGCAGAGGCGGCCUGUCCAGUGGCACUGUAGGGCUUUCGAAGUCAGUGACGACAUCAUCCUACAGGCCUUGAAGGAGAGUACUGGACGAUCCCGCCAGGUGGCGGCGUUCUCGGGGCACAGGUGUAACGCAACCGCCUUAUCCACUUGGGGGGACCUCCUUGUACCUACUUGCCCCACCGUCAAGGGUAGCGAAAGCGGAUGAGCUAUGAGUGGCGCCCUGAUCCGAGGAACCGAUCGACUAGCCAUGACCGCAACGUUGCCAUGGCUAUGUUCUCGCACUGAGAAAUAUGAACCAUUCAUAAAAUGCUACCUGCUACUGUGAUCGCAGCCCAGGCACGCGAGGCAGCUCUUAUGACCGUCAGAAGCGGAGAGAAAUCGACCCAUACUGAAACGAACGUUCAACGCCUGCUUUGUAUUACUCCUUACCACUGAAGACUACUUGGUGAAGUCGUCGAUUGUGUUGCUGAAGAGGCCAAGUUGGGAGAGGGGGGCGUUGAGAAAGCGUGCCUUGUCAACGUUGCGCAUCUCGACCACGUUCAGCCAUAGGUGAAAAGCGAGGUCGGUGGCAGUUCCUGUGGCACGUCAGGAUCAGGACUGCCCAAGUGCAGAUAUUUAAGUGCCUUGGCUUGGUGGACUUGCAGGAGAGCCAUGGCAUGCAGGGCAGAGGCGGCCUGUCCAGUGGCGCUGUAGGGCUUUCGAAGUCAGUGACGACAUCAUCCUACAGGCCUUGAAGGAGAGUACUGGACGAUCCCGCCAGGUGGCGGCGUUCUCGGGGCACAGGUGUAACGCAACCGCCUUAUCCACUUGGGGGGACCUCCUUGUACCUACUUGCCCCACCGUCAAGGGUAGCGAAAGCGGAUGAGCUAUGAGUGGCGCCCUGAUCCGAGGAACCGAUCGACUAGCCAUGACCGCAACGUUGCCAUGGCUAUGUUCUCGCACUGAGAACAUGAACCAUUCAUAAAAUGCUACCUGCUACUGUGAUCGCAGCCCAGGCACGCGAGGCAGCUCUUAUGACCGUCAGAAGCAGAGAGAAAUCGACCCAUACUGAAACGAAUGUUCAACGCCUGCUUUGUAUUGCUCUUUUGUGAGUGAAAAUAAGCUCUUUUAGAGAAAUAAAACUCUCUUAGGAGGGAGAAUACUCAUUUAGACAGAAGCACUGUCGAAGCGUCCAAGGGCGUGGACUGCACAGCGUGAAGAGAGAGAGAACGCUGAUGGAAAUGCGCCGUAGAUCCAACAGCAGUGCUCUGCCAACAGAGGUGAGUGGAACAGUAGUGAGACUCAGCUUGCUGCUGCACAACUGCUCGGCUCCGAAGAAAAAAUCUGACUGACAGACACGACCGCUUUCAUUCGACACAGUGUCGAGUGAGUGACAGAAGGGGAACUAUUGUGCCCUUUAAUUACUUUUGCAUGAAUGCAUGUGUGUGAGACAGACACACAGUCCUGGACACGUUGACUCUUCUGCCACAGCAAAAGUGGAUAAAUGACCAAGUCUUUUGGUAAUAACAUGCACAUGACUAAUCAAGGUACCCUUAAGGGGUGCUUUUUUGUACCUCUAGUUAAAAUGUAUAACUUGUUUUUGGUUACAUAACUGUAGCCUAAGGACCUAUUGUGAAAAUGUGUGUGUGUGUAUAUAUAUAUAUAUAUAUAUAUAAGGUUUGACUGCUCUGAUUAAAGAGUUUCAAAGUGGUUUGUCUAAUAAAGUAUUUA